AUGUCUUCUCCAGUAUCUUCUCCAAAGUACCACACGCUGUCGCUUCCCGUGGAUAUACCGUGGCUAAGUCACGUCUUCCCCUUCUCGCCGUCGCUCAACCAGGCAGCCGCGGAUAACCUGCGCUCGACACUCCUAGCUGCGUUACCGGACACACCAACGGCUCGUGGGCUUGCCGAUUUGUACUUUGCCAAUGCAUCAUGGAUGUAUCAUCCAGUGACAAAGGAGCAGUUCUACAAGCACAUAUUCGCACGUGUGUACCCGUACGCAACUGCAGAGUCGCCGGUAGACGCAGAGACAGACCGUGAUUCGGGCUCGUUCGAAAGUCACCGACUCGCCCUCUUGUACAUUGUCCUCGCUGUCGGCGUCCUUGUUGAUCUUAAACGACCUUCGCAUGAUACCGCUGCUGUGCGGUACUUCCAACUAUCCAAGGCGGCACUCAGCAUUGAUGCGGUCCUGGAAGAUCCGAGCAUACCGGGAAUCCAGGCCCUGGUGAUAAUGUGCCACUAUAUGUUCUUGAACGACGUUGACUCACAGAGGUGGACGCUAAUGGGGACGGUGAUCAACACGCGAUGGAAGCUCUCUCUGGAGGAGACGAAACUUCGUCGUGAAUUGUUUUGGGAGAUUUACGUGUACGACUCUUGGCAGAGCUUGACGUAUGGACGUCCCCCCUCCCUGGCUAUGGCCCACAUCGAUUGCAAGAUGGCGCAUGAAACUACGAAGUCUCCUUCCGGACAGGUAGAAAUGUCUUUCCAUGCUUGGAAACAGCGUUUCUCGUCUGAAUUACUUAGUAUUGUACAUGAUCAGGUGUUCGGCGCGAGGAACCCUUCUUACGCGACCGUGACUGAGCUGGACAAGCGUGUCCGUGCUUAUUAUAUUCCUCCAUCACUACAAGUCCCCGGCUUUGGCAGUGCGCCCAUGUACUCAGCUAGUGGUGAUCCGCCAAUGGUAUUAACAAUGCAACGGCAUAUUAUACUUGCCAUCAAGGAAGUCACGCUAUUGUAUAUGCACCGAGGAUUCUUCGCAAAAGCUAUGAGUGACAACCCUGUAGAUCCGCUCAGUGGGAAACAUGGCCAUUCAGUCUUGCGAGCUCAUGAGAGUGCAUCAUUCUUCGUCAAGCUCGUGAAAAGUCUGUGGCUUCAAUACAAAGACCUGACAGAGAGGAACUGGUUUUUGUUUACGCACGUCUUUUCGUGUGCUAUUGUCCUGGCUCUGAGAGACCUAGAUCAGGCGUACGACCUGUUCGCACAAUUGGGGGGAAAGAGUAGGACCGAGACGGUCUUGCCUGUGCUUGAGAGACUAAGGAACCGUGCCCAUGCAUCUAUGGAUGGAUACCAAAAUCAAACAAGAAAUGAAAUUGGCGGUAUAAAGCGCGAAUCAUCACCGGAGUUGAUUCCAAAAAUCGAAGAUGAGUUGACAAGGCUCGGAGGCAAGUCACGUCUUGUGGCUGAAGACCAACAAUCUCCUUCGACUUUGCGCAGAUCUCGUUCGCCCGUCUCAAGUCCGGCGGUUGUAUUCAAAUCUGAAUUUCCACAGGCUCUGGUCACUGCAUCAACAACAGUUUAUGCCCCUUACCCAACCGUACUCUGUGUCGGUUAACCACCAAUCACCAGAGAUGGCACUCUUCGGCGUGCAGCUUCCACCUGAACAUAUACGCGCCCAGGUACAAGCUCACUUGACUGCACAGAAUCAAGCACAAUGGCAGAACGAACAGACGAUGGAAUAUAGCUCAGCAGAGAUGGCGUCUGCUGCUGGAUACGGAAACGCCUCGCAAGUCCGUCCAGAGAUGAACAUAGUUGGUGUGAUGGGUUCUGAACCCAGUCAAAGUGUGGGUGUUGUCAGCGGUGCACAGCAUGGAGAUGGACACUAUGACAUGAGU